AUGCAUGUACCCCUUUCCUGGAGUUAUACCCAGACUCUGGCAGCGGAAAACAAUACUCACAUAUCAGAGUUUCUCCUCCUGGGACUUUCCCAGGACCUGGAAGUCCAGCCCCUUAUCUAUGUGAUCUUCCUGUCCAUGUACCUGACCACGAUCUUGGGAAACCUGCUCAUCGUCCUGGCAGCCAGCUCAGACCCCCGCCUCCACACGCCCAUGUACUUCUUCCUCUGCAACCUGUCCCUGGUGGACAUCUGCUUCACCUCCACAACCGUCCCCAAAAUGCUGCAGAAUAUCCUGCUGCAAAGAAAAGCCAUCAGCUACGAAGGCUGCAUCACCCAGAUAUUCUUUUACAUCCUCUUCGGUAGCCUGGAUGACUUCCUCUUGACUGUCAUGGCCUAUGACCGCUUCGUAGCCAUCUGCCACCCCCUGCACUACACGGUCAUCAUGAACCCCCGUGUCUGUGGGUUGAUGCUCCUGGGGUGCUGGGUGCUGGGUCUCUUGAAUUCUUCCUUGGAAGUCUCAAUGUCUUUGCGUCUGUCCUUCUACCCCAAGGUGGAGAUACCUCACUUUUUCUGUGAAUUCAGCCAACUGAUAAAACUUGCUUGUUCCGACACUUUCCUGAAUAACCUGGUCAUGUACUGUGCUAUUCUGCUCGUGGGCGGGGGUCCUAUACUCGGUAUUAUUUACUCUUACUCCAAGAUCAUUUCCUCCAUCCUUGGUGUGGCGUCCACUCAGGGCAGGUACAAGGCCUUUUCCACCUGCGCCUCCCACCUCUCCGUGGUCUCCUUGUUCUAUGUCACAAGCAUGGGGGUGUACCUGAGCUCCGCGGUGAGUGAAAGGGCAUAUCCACGUGCUGUGGCCUCAGUGCUAUACAUGGUGGUCACCCCUAUGCUGAACCCCUUCAUCUACAGUCUCCGGAACAAGGACAUCAAGAGGGCCCUGAAAAUGUUUUUUGUGCGGGGAAACACAAAACGGUAA